CCUCUCUCUUCAUCUUUCGCGAAUCUCGAUCUCUCCGCCGCUUCUUUGACGAGAACGCUACUUUGAGCUCUUCAUUCUUCGAGAACCCGAUUUUCAACGAACAGCCGCUUUUUCUUCUUCGCCCUUCCUUCAAAACAAUCAACAAUGUCGGCUGUUCCUCCUCCUGCCGACCUUGCACCUUCCACGCCACCACCCCCAUCUUGCCCUCCCCCGCCCAUCCCUCCUCCUCCUCCUCUUUUCCUUGGGAACGACGAGGACGACGAGGACGAGGACGACGUCUUGCCCCCUCCCGUCAAGAGCGAGGCUACCUCGUCCCAAUCUUCUCUGGAUGAUUGGGAACCUGUAACACCUCCUUUGCCAUCAUCAGCCCCUUCGGGCACAUCAAAUUUAUCACUAGAACCGUCAUCCACAUCACUCUUAUCAACCAUUCCUACUUUAUCCACGGACGGACGCUCGGUCAAGUUGGAGUGCGACCACGGUAGUGCACCUUCGGACGCUUCGGCGCCAUCUGGAUCUGGUCACCCUGUUGUCGCUGCCGCCGCCGGAUCGGGCGCAUCUACGGAGAUUCAUCACUCUAGAGACGAAGACUCUGCCAGUCGAGCCAUGGAGGCCAGGCUUCACAUCCGCCUCCAGCUCAUCAAUCGCGAAGCUCAGCCUUUGCGCACACGACAUUCGUUGGCAGAGAUUCAACAACACUCGCUCCAGCCAAUGUCGUUGUUGAACGAGCAAUGCGCCCACUCUGCUCGCGGCGCGAUCUGCAGAGCUUGCGCCACCAAGUCGCUCACUGCCCGCCUGGACGACUUGGACAAGCAGGCCCGGAAGGUGUUGGACGAAGAACCGCAGCUUCCCGAAGGGGUUCUCAAAUUCAUGCUCGCCGCCAUCGUCCACUACAAGAAGGCCAUUUGCGAGCUGGAAUACGAGGACCCUAGGAGAAUGUUGUCGUGUCACGCCUUCCAGGCCGGCGGUCAACAGCCCGAGCGCGAGGAGGAUGCGAACGAAGAGGACGAGGACGAAGAGGACGAGGACGAAGAGGACGAGGUCGGUGAGAUCGACGCCGAUCAUGCCAGCGAUGGAGAUUACUCGCCUCCAGGCGACUGGAUGAUCGACGACGUCAACGACCAGGACGACGACGACGAUGAUGAAGAUGGUGGUAGCUCGGACGACGACCUCUUGGAAGAGACCUCCGCGACGCUGGCCACUUCUCGUCGUGGGGAUCGAACCUCAACGCCAUUGUCAGAGGGCUCGUCUGCUCUGUCCGACGCGCCAUCGUCUUCAGCACCAUCAAGGCAACGCGCCCCUAGUGAGACCGAAGGCCAACUUCCUGCGACCAAGCGCAGGCGCUUCGGUCAGACCGACGCUUCCUCGUCGUCGCGCGUCGCCGCAGCUGGAUCAUCUUCCAACCUGCUGCCGUCGUCGCCGACGCCGACACCGACGCCAGCGCAUCAAGCUGGUUCGUCCUCCAACCUGCUGCCCUCUUCGCCAAUCUCGGAUGCUAGCCCAUCGCAUCCGACUGGUGGUCCGCUGGCUGGUUUGUUGCCCUCUUCGCCUGUUCCGACGCCCAACCCCGCGCCGCCACAAGCAGGUCCAAGCUCAGGACCGAGUACACAUGGCAUCUCGUCAUACAACUUCCUGAUCGCGGGCACCACCUUCGCCUGCCGCACCGAGCUUGCUGGUUCAGGCUCGGUAAAGGUGACGGUGGGAUUCAUGAUCGGGCACGACGAUUGCUAUCUGUCGCCUGUGGCGGUCCGGAGGCUUGGACACGCCUUGUUCGGAGCAACAGGUCCUGCCCAAAAGACCUUCAGACUCCACUUCAAGGCUUUCAGCCAGUGGAAGGGGGGGCGCGCCGUGUCCAAGACGAAGCCGGGUGUGUUCGAACUGAUCCUCAAGCCGGACAACUUUUCGCGAGGUCAGUUCGAACGCUGGAAUCGCUUCGCUCCGCUUGCAGAGAAGAACAACCUCGAUUUUAUCUUUGGGGUCGAUGCUCUGCAGCGGAUGUCGCUUUUCGAGCACGAUGGCGAGCACUACCUUCGCCAAUCGUCGGACGGACACAUGGUCCGCUUGGCCAAGUUCGCCCCACCUUCGUAGGUGGUGGCCACUGGCGCUUCUUAUUACCGUUACAGUCCCUACUGCGUUCAAGU